AUGGCUCCUCGACGUGGUGCUCCGUCUCUCAAUACAUUGAGCCCCCAGGAUUCGGCAUUGUCGACGAACGCACAGCAGUCUCCUGCUUUCCUUGGAUUACCUCGUUCUGCGUCGCCGUCGUCGGGAUUCACUCAAUUUCUUUCAAGACCGUCGAAAUGGUUUAAUCGCAGCGUCUCGACUUCAAAGAUAACUCAUAGCACGUCGGAACCCAGGUCCAGCACUAGUUCUUCUGGAAGGAAGCACAAGAUAUCCCGUCCUACGGACCCGAGGCCUAUACUCGAUCAAGUUUACGGUGGAGGAGGGAGUCGCUCCGUUUUGGAUCUCUCCUCAAGACACCCGGGGUCACUGGACAUCCCAAAUCAACCUGUGCCACCAUCACCUUCUACCCCUACUGGAUCGUCUGGUGGAUUGGGCGACCUCCGGGCCAUAUCACGUCGAGGAUGGUCUAGGUCGGCGGACGACCUGGGGAAGAUAUCUCCGACGAAUCUAUCACCGAUCAACACCAACUUUCAAGAGAAGGUAGCCCAAUACCGAGGACGUAGCGACAGCAGUGCUAGUGGCGUCUCGCCAUCGACCCCUUCAUCUCCGGCAAGUCUCAUCAAUGGGAGACAGCCAUUCCCAAUGAUCAAACCGUCCGUGUCCGUGUCUCCGCCACGAAGCUCUACCUUGCCAAUGCCAGCGCCGCCAUUAGCCAUCUCCCGUUCAGCAGACGAAUCUUCAGCUACGCAACCUCCUCAUGUACAUACCCGUUCGCAUUCCUUCACACCCAAACUAUCUUCCAAACUAGCCGCUCCUCGAUUUGGUCCCCCUAGUCCUGUCAGGAAGGGUUCUGGCUCAUCAGAAAGAGACUUUCCUAUGAUGUCCAAAGACCUUGAUAAGUCGAUCUCUGGAAAGCCCUUCACGACGGAGCCCGCGCGUUCUACAACGCUUCUAGCGCCGCCUCUCAUUAUCGAACCAGCAGAAUCCGUCGAACACGUAGUAGAGGACGCGGUUGUUGAAACGAAGCGAUCUUCGCAGAUCGUCUACCAUAGUGGCUUUAUAAAUCGCUUGACUGAGGCCAAUGCCAACUUCUUUCGGCACCCACCUGACUUAUCUUCCGAUCGUGGUUGGAAACCCUUUAAGCUCGAAUUGAAAGGUUCAAAGCUCUAUUUCUACAAACCACCGGGAGAUCGGAGCGCUGCUGUCAAAGCCCUAUUCCCUUCGGAGUUAGUACCUGCCGACCAGGAGAUCGAGGAACCAGAGGAACACGACAUUGGAGGCGCUUCCUUGAGACCUCACCGGGAGGGCGAUGGGUCUAUGGGAAGGAAGAAGAGAGCUUAUUGGGGGCGGAGCAAACACCCAGAACUUACUCUAGAUCCCAGCGGGCGGGUAAUUAAAGGUUCCUAUGAAGCAUUAGUCCACGAAACAGUUUUCGCCACCACGUUUUUCAAAGAAGCCGCCGACAGCCAGCAAGUCAACUCUCAGGAACGGUGGAAGGACUUCGCCACGUCCAUCCUCCUUUGGAUACCCGACCUAGUCAAUCGUUCGAAGUUUGAAACGGAGUUCACCAGAUGUUGUGCAUAUCUCAUCAGCGGGGCGCCGGAUGAGAAACGCGAAAGCGAACGUGAAAGAGUUUUGUGGCUGGCUCAAGAAUAUUUGAGAUGUCACGGAGAACCUUCUGACUUGCCUUCGUGGGAGGAGUGGCGCUCGGAGACACUUCCUGAAGCAACUUUGGUAGUCCCGAUUCACUCCAGCGGCCUACCUACGUCUUUUUCAGCGCAGGCAGUUUAUGCUCCUACUCCCCUGUUGUCGAAUGAAUCCCCUGAUCUUGGCGCGUUCUCGCCUCGGCCGGAUGGUGGCAUUCCGAAGGUGGCAUCUCUUAUGGACGCACUGGGGAUGGAACCUCCUCGGCCAGCCCCUUCUUCCCCUUCCUCGAAGUCAGUAUUGGAUCAGAGGACUUUUGAACCCCACUCUCCCUACAACGCGUCUCCUUCCCGCCAAACAAAAUGGAAUGCCCUUCGGCUGGAGGGUCUUUCGCGAUCCGUUCUUUCUACAAUCGACCCUCGUUUACUCGCUCAGAGUUUAACUCUCUUUCAUCGUUCCAUCCUUGAACAAGUCCCAGAGAACCUUACUGUCUCAUCAAUCCUAUCGAAUGCCACCGACAAUGAGGCCAUAGCAAAUCUUUUUGGAAGCAACGAUCAUCCCCACUGGUUGACGAAAUUGAUUUUACUACAGAUCUUGGGGCCUGAUUCCAGUAAUUCAGCCAAUCCCGCUCAAAGCUCUUCCCCAGGUAGCAGUUCAGAGGACCAUCACAUCCAGACUUCACGAACCCAUUCUCGGUCAGAAGCCAUAUCCACCUGGACUCGAAUCGGCGAGUUGUGCCGUUCUGCUGGUGACGAAUGCUCGUGGAGAGCCAUCGCGGACGCCUUGCGCAGCCAACCUGUUGCACGAUUGGAGAAAGUCUGGAAGAGGGUGGAUCCACAGGCCUUAGUUGCUGUCGAAACCUGGGUAUACCCCAAUGCCGACGGAGAAUGGGUGGGCAUCAAAGAGCCUCGCGUAACGCCCUGGGGUGGUACCAUUAGGGACCACAUCAAAAUGGCUCUAGACGGGGCGAGGGAUGGUGGUGACGUGGAAGAGCAAUGGAGAUUAGAAGCUUUCGACAAGGCGAAACAGUUAUACGAGAAGAUAAGGACAUCGUUUUCGUUGUGCCCUCGACGAGCCACUGUUAGUGAUGGAGGAGACGACGAUCUACAUUCGUUGAUCACCUUCUGGCGGGAUAUGUCCAGUCAACGUGGCGGUAGUGGAGGCUUAGCUGCCAAGUUCCAGCGCGUCGACCAGUUUAUGUCCUUGUCUCUCGCGGCCGAACCUCGUCGGAAAGGCCUCUUUGAACCCCAUUACUGGACUCGACCGCCCAAUAGCUAUUCCCCCUCCGCUGCCCUUAUCCCUCUCAUCUUCCCCGAACCUUUACCUGCGCUCAGUCUCAUCGAUCGAUCCUCUGUCCUGCGAGGGCGUCAAGACAGUGACCCGACCGACUUGCAGUAUAUUCGGCUGGAGGACCGCAAAGGCCGUCGAUCUGAUAUCGGUGGAUGGGACUUCGCUGGCAUCAGGCGAGGCGGUACAAUGAUCCCCGUUUUUGGAGGCGAACUUGUGCUCGUUGUUCGACCUGGUGCAGAUCCGGCUGCUUCAUUAGGCUCCCGCCCGCCGUCGCAAGCCCCUUCGCGUCCUCCCAGCUCCGUCGUCGACGUAUCUCCUGGGGAGAAGAGCGUGAGUCGCGCUCCAUCUAUUCGAGUCAAGCCCGGAUCUUCGCAGAGCCUGGAACGAAAGACUAGCAUGGCCCGACGCAAUUCCCUCCCCGCUAUCUCGCAACGACAGGACAUAAUGACGAUCUCGGAACCCUCUACGGAACCGCCGCUCCGAGUGUUGGUGCAGGCAGCGACACUCAAUGCUUUAGUGCAAAUUCUUGUACAUGGAUUGAAGAACGUUUCCGUCUCGGUUGCUGAUGACAAUGGUGAAAUGGCACUGAAAGAAGGCAAGACCCGCGAAUUGUUUAUGGACUACGGAGAAUUUUCGACCGUUUGGUGGCGCGUGUUCCGAAGCUUCGUCACGCCGUUGGUGUUUUUUGAGCUCCUUCGCAAACUAUACAUUUCUUUCCAGCCACAGACGCACGAAGCGAAGGACUACUUCGUCCCUAUGCGGAAACGGUCUGAAGUUAUCCAGACUCUGAGCGAAUGGAUCACCAAUGGCGGAGGCGCACAGGAUAUCCUUGAUGACCCACAACUGUUCAACUCCAUGAAGUCAUUCCUGGAGAGCGAGAUAGACCACGCUAUGAACGGCAUCACUGAGUGCGAUGAUGUGGAUGUGGUCAACUCUUGGUCGAUCCUCCUCGAAGAGAGGACUUCUCUGGGGCGAGCUUUUCACCUCCAGUCCAUGCGGCCCAAAGCUUUAUCCCCUCAACCUCGUGGUUCGGCGGCCAGAAUGAGGAACAUCAGUAGUCGGGAUGCUCCGAACCUUGAUCAAGUUACGGCAGAGGAGCUUGUUGAGGACAUUGAUGGAAUGGCCUUUGCGGCGUUCAGUACCGUAACGGACGAGGAUCUCUUCAUCACGGCUGACUUGCUUGAAGUGCAAACGGCUGACCGCAUCGGGUGGUUUCCUCAACGAGAGCUUCCAACCAGCGAGGAAGUCAUAGAGAUACAGACCAUUUAUUCUCACUUCCAGGACGUGGAACCUUCAUCUUUCAUUUCCGAGAUGGCCCACGAGAAUUUCUAUCGCCUCCUGCCCCCUGGCGUUCGAAGUUGUGUCCGUGCCUACACAAUCAUCCGUAAAUGGUUGAUCUCCAAAAUAGUCACGCCACGACUAGGCGUACGUGCUCGGCAAGCUCGUUUGGAGCUUCUGCUCCAAGCCAUUGAAGUUGCUCGCCUUCGCAGCUUCUGUCUACCAUCCUCUUCAAACCUGCCGUUGUCUGACCGACCUUGUACCCGCUCGUUUGUUGAGACCGUCAUCACCUCUGCGCUCCUGAGCAUAGAGAGCCGGAUGUAUCACCGAGUAUGGCAAAACAUCGCUUUGCAGCGUGGUUGUCAAUGCGAUUCUCUGAGCUCGCUACUUUCGAAGUCAUCUAUCGAAGCACCUACGUCCCGAAGGUCAUUGAUAGUUGACAUCGGAUGGUUGAUGGAGCGUAUGCUUGAAAUCAUCGCCCUUCCGGAUGUACUAGAUUCUUCCCCCCCUGGCAACCUCCUGGUUAACUACGAUAAGAGACGCCAUAUUUGCAAUCUGAUCGCUGACGCGCCAACGUCAUCGUCAAGUCGUACGUAUCCUCAGCGCGAUAGUCCACUUCGCCGAGGAUUGGAACGCCUGAACAAUAUCGAGAAAGAAGCUGCGAACGUACAAUUCGAUUACCGAGCCAUCAAAGACGAGGCCCAGCGAGAAGCCGCUCAGAUGCCCGUAUCUGGCUCCGUAUCCGCAAAGAAGGUCUCACGUCCAUUCCAACGUCUGGUGAUGCUCCAAUCAGAAAAGUAUCGACGAGACAAAACCCUUCGCUUACGCCUGCAGAAAGAGAAGGCUCAGGAACAAGCAAAGAACGAGAAACGUGAUGAUAUCCUUACGAAGGCGAUGCGCCCUAGAAAGCCACCAUCAUCGGCGGCCCAAAAGCAGCAUCGAAACAAGAAGAGCAUGUCCGCCUUCCUACAGUUUAUGCGGCCAAUUUCAAGUGCUUUUGGAGCGGAUGUUCAGCCUACUUCCUUGAAACGGUCACCUGCCGAGCUCGACUUCAUACCUUCUGGAAAGCCCACGCACGUCAUAAGCCUUGUUGACACUCGCACAGCCCAGUAUAUCAAUCAAUCCAGAUCAUUCACCUUUCAACUCGACACGGAGGAUGGUGGACAUUAUUUACUUCAGGCGAUGAACAGACAAGAUAUGAUCAAGUGGAUGGAGACUAUCAACCGUGUUGCAAAAAUAGCUGCCAAACGCCGCCUUACUUAUCUAGGAAACGCACUGAAGCCACAGCCUUCUGAUCAUAUACAUGACCACCCUAAGCAAGGCUCUGUUGAUCCAACUGCUGUCUUUGGUGUUCACCUUGAGGUACUGCUUCGGCGAGAAGUCUCUGGAGACGAACCCGUCCCCGCUGGGACGAUUCCAAAGGUCAUCCAGGAAUGCCUCCACGAAGUAGAGUCUCGCGGAUUGACAGAAGUCGGAAUAUAUCGAAUUGCUGGCGCGAGCUCCGAGAUCAACUCACUCAAAGAAGCAUUCAAUCGAGGAGAGAACCCCAUCAAUCCAGACACCGACAUCCACGCCGUGUGUGAUCUAAUCAAGACAUGGUUUCGCCUAUUACCAGAGCCCAUUUUCCCAUCAUCGGCCUACUAUGAAAUCAUUGAAGCAAUGCAGCUGGAUGACCUUGACGCGCGUCUGACCAAAAUACGCGAAGUUGUCCAAGGACUGCCUACAGGCAACUUUGAUAUUCUGAAAAGAGUAGCAGAACAUCUUGAUAAAGUUACGGACUACGAAGAAAGUAACCAAAUGACGGCUGAAGGGUUAGCCAUCGUAUUCAGCCCCAAUCUCUUACGUGCUCCGCACAACGACUUCGUGAUGAUUCUGGCCAACAUGGGCCACACUCAUAAGCUUGUGAAGGCACUGAUCACCCAUUUCCACACCAUCUUUGAUGAAGCUGAUCCUGAGGUCGAUGCUGAUCAAGAUGAGUAUGACUCUCCGAUUAUGGAAGAAGACGAGGAGGAUGAGAGUAACGACGAUAAAACAUCCUUUACUAGUCCGACCCAAGAAUCUGAACGCUCGACGCUUAACCCUGGAUCAUAA